AUGCAGGAACUGGUGGCGGGCGUGGAGAGGCUGAGGUUUGACUUGGAGGCUGAUGUGGAGCGGCAGAGGGGAGCCCAGCUCCUGCCCUUCCCGGGCACGCAGUGCCCGUUCCGGCACGCGGGCGUGGAGCGGGCGGUGGUGUGCAAGCACUGGCUGCGCGGGCUGUGCAAGAAGGGCGACGGCUGCGGCUUCCUGCACGUCUACGACGUGACCAAGAUGCCCGAGUGCUACUUCCACUCCAAGUUCGGUGAGUGCAGCAACAAGGACUGUCCCUUCCUGCACAUCGCCGCUGCUGCGGACAACGGGGCCUGUCCCUGGUACGACCGAGGCUUCUGCAGGCACGGACCCUUGUGCAAGUACAAACACAUGCGGAGGGUGAUGUGUGCCAACUACCUCGUCGGCUUCUGCCCAGAAGGACCCAAAUGCAAAUUCAUGCAGUACGUACGGCGUGGGAUGGCGGGGAGCUCAGUCCUCAAGGCCGGGCUGAUGACUCGCAGCGCAGAUCCAGCCAAGGGAGCCGAGUGUCCUCAGGAGCUGGCGUGGCUGGCCCCCGCUGCUGGCAGGGAGAGCAGCCCUGAGGACGUGCCACCUGCGGAACCCCUGCUGCUGGCUGCUGGUGCUGCACAGCCCAGGGCCACCAGCAGCGUCCCCCCCAGCCUGCAGUGGCUGCUAGAACCAGGCACCUGCUUCGAGUGUGGACAGAAAGGUCACUACGCUGGCAAGUGUAGGAAGAAUCAGCUGGAAAUCCUGCUGGGAAAAUGA